UUUCAAAUUCCACGAAUCAAACAUUUGUUUGUGACCUUUUUUUAGCUGUAUACAAGAAUCUAACCAUGGCAGGAUCAGUACAGCUUGCAAACGGUGUGAUGUGUGUGUGUGGUAACCGUGAUGCUGUCAAAUUCAGGCAUUACAUUAACGUCAAUGGAGAACUCCUGGGURCAUUCUGCUUGAASUGCRAAACUGAAUACCUCAAAGAAGAUUUCUUUCUGGAUGAUGCUCCCUUAGAUCAAACCAACAAAUUACUGCAGCUGGGAAAGGAGCAAUUCUUUCAGGCCGAACGACUUGACCAAGUAGAUGCUGCUGUACAUAUGGUGCAUCCUGAAAAGACAAAGAUAGAAAAUAUACAUUUGGCUGGGGAUUACUUGAAACCAGGUGACCAUAUAGCUUGGAAAAGACCAUACAUCAUUUGGCACCACGCCUUGGUCGUAAAUGUUGAACCCCGAAGUGGAAGAAUUGAAGUAAUCCACUGGCAUGGGAAUAAACCUKCAGAUUGCCGAAUAACUCAAGAAUGGGUCGCCUUAAAWGAUCAAAWGGGAACGCUGUACCGUAUGGACUAUGAGAAAGAACAUCUACAGCAGAACCCCCUMCAACUAGUCCUCGCCAGRGCCCGGUCAAGAUUAGGAGAUAGUGMCUACCAAUUCUUUGGAGACAAUUGUGAAGCCUUCGUUACGUAUUGCAAAAAGGGAAUAGCGAGAAGUCAGCAAGUCAUCUCCUUAGUGAAAGCUUUGGAAGAUCGAGUUAAAGUAGCCUUAAGCGAUUUGACUGUCAAACUUGGUAAAAAAGCUGCAAUGAAAAUUGCGAAGGCUAGUUUUGAAGUUCCYGCUGCUGAAACGUUUGAGAAAAUUGCUAAUAACUGUCAAUGGGUUGGUUUUGGUCUCGUCGUCUUCAUCGAGGGAUGUUUUACAAUUUAUGACCUKAAAGAGCUCUACAAGUCAAGAAAAGAGGGGAAGCUAACGAGGAAACAAUUCAUGGAGGAAGCGGCAAAGAGGGUAACUGAGGCAAUACUUACAGCAGUGCCUGCAGCCUUAGGAGGGCUAUUGCCGGGCGUAACCGGGAUACUGGUCGGUACAAUUGGAGCAGUCGUAGGGAAAAUUGUAGGCACGUGGAUUGGACCCCAUGUUGGUGAGGCUGUGACGAAAAUGAUUAAACCCGAUGACAAAGCAGUUAGAAGCAUUGACGAGCUACAUCUAGGAGACCAUAUCGUGUUCUAUGGUAAUGUUGCCCAUCCAAGACACCACUGCAUAGUGUUAUGGCACGAUGACAAAAGCAACCAGGUGAACGUCAUUCACAACACGUAUGAGUUUGGUGUAAGACAAGAGCAGAUUGAAUUUAAGCCGCCUUUUUAUAAAGUCAURUAUAAAGAAGAUGCCUGCGAGCAGCCUGAAAAAGUAUGCGAAAGAGCAAUCUCUAAACUUGGGACAAAUGAAUAUAAUUUGCUGACUAACAACUGUAAGCAUUUUGCUGAAUGGUGCAAGAAAAAGUAGAGGACAUGUUGACUGUAGAGAAUCAGAAAACUGAUGAAAGAAUAUAAACAAUAUAACAUCGUAUAUAGAAUGUAAUAACAUCGUAUGUCUAGCUAUUUUCAGAAAUAAUAUAUUUAAAUAAAAACUUUGGGGAAAUCCCGGGGGGAGGACUCCCUUAUAAAUGUUGGUAGGUAUGCUCGAYGGACGGAUUGAAAAAUGACCCUAAAAGGUACGCAUAAAUUAACUCAGGUAUCGAUUCCAGACCCUAAAAGGUACGACCAUUUUUGAGAUCUUUAUCAAGAGAAAUGCUCAAGUUUAACAAACUGUAGAAAAUCAAUGUCGAUAGAUUGUUGAGGUUAAUAUAAUCUAUUUCUUUAUAACACUUCUUCAUUUUGACCCUAAAAGGUACGGAGUCAGCUCAGGACCCUAAAAGGUGCGCGAGGGCUUUAUUUUCAACCCUAAAAUGAUCAUCGAUCAUACCUACCAACUUUUAUAAGGGAUUUUUCCCCCAUGGAGGGGGAGGGAAUGCAUUGAAUUUGCGACGCUUAUACAGUCGUAAUUUAUACCAAUGAUGUAAUUAAUUGUUUAGAGUAUUAAAAUGACAAAAUUGAAAAACGUUUUAGCAAACAAUUAAGUUCAGGAACGGUAUUUACACCUUCACAAAAACAAAUGU